CAUCAUGACCAUCAAUGAGUUGGCUACGAAGCCUUCGACACAGCGUGAUAUAAGAUCCGAGACUCCACCUACGCCUCCGUUUCUGAUUGGCGUUACGCAGGUUUCCAGCUAUUAUUUAUUACACCAAAGCUUAGACGCCUCAUUUAUUCUGAGCUGAUCUCUCUGCAGGAUCUAUCCGUUCCAGCUCUACUCACUCAGAGGAAGGAGGCUGAUUCUUUCACCAAGUUAUCUACUCGACAGAAAAGGGGUAAAGAAAAAGAUACUUUCAGAAGCAUUUUUAAGCUCAGCCUGUAAAUUUUAUCUCCACAUUUAUUUUUUCCACUUAUGAAGUUGUGGGUUUUGGUUAAUUGUGGCUUUUUGAGAGAAAACAUCAGGGAACUGAUGGUGAAUCUGAUCGUUUUGUUUUGCUAUUUUUAAUACAUUAAAAAACAGAAAAAUAAUUCGACAAACACAUAAAUUUCAGCCAAAUAGAGUGACAGCCGUGCCAACCUUGCUGCAUUUUACGCACCAGUUACGCAGCGGGUUUGAGCAACAAGUACAGUUUGCGUCUUGAUAAAGAAGUGACUGUUGCUGAUGUAACUGACUACAUGUGUUUUCACACAGGUCUUGCUGAAAAAAUGAGGAGAUGUUUUCUGCUGGUGUCUCUGUUCAUCAUCAUGAAACUUCGAUACAGCCAGUCUAGAUGCGAGGAGGAGCCCGGGGUGCGCAGAUCACCUUCAGAUGUAUGUCUUUUACGCGUAAGAACUACUCUGUUUUCUCCACUGUCAAACUUAUUACAAACACCGUUUUUUUCUCUCAUUUUUUUGUAGCACACUACAGGUUUAGAAAACCUCAAGCGGAAUAUUCUGAAGAGGUAUAGCGAUUUGGAUUAUGACAGCUUUGUGGGUUUGAUGGGACGAAGAAAUGCCGGUGAGUUUUUUUCUUCGAAUAAGAAAGAUAGUUUACUUAUCAGUUCAUUCCGUUUCGUGCAAAUAUGAAAAAUGUAAAAACAGUCUGUGAAAAUAGACUUUAAAGUGCUAAAAAUGGAUUUUAAAUUUUCUUCCUUCCUUAGAUUAAGUUUUUUUUUAAUUGAUCUUCACUUUCAAAUCCUCCUGAUUCCAUUUUUCACAACCUUGUUUUCUUUUCCUUUUGGUUUCUUUUUAUUGUCAUCAGACGAAAAUGAUGUACCGCCACCACAGAAAAGUAAGACUUUUUUUUUCCUGCUAUGUUUGGAUUAGAGUCACUGAAAUCCUUGUAACAGACAAAAUUAAAUGUUUCUCAUUCUUCUUAUUAGGGGAAAUGCAUGACAUCUUUGUUGGUCUAAUGGGCAGGAGGAACUCAGAACCGGGUGAGAGUACAGUUUCAUAAGAUGUAAAUAUAUUCAGUGGCCUUGCUGAAAAUCCAGAACUAGUCAUCAUUAAAAUUGAGGUACUUUACUUAUGAUCUAAUUCUAAUUUGUGCUUUCACAGAUAAUGGUCCAUGGAGGAGAGAGUAUCCGGAGAGGAGAGGCAUCUUUCUUAACAAGUGCAGGCUGAGGUGAGUACCUCUUGUUUUACAAUUGAGGAUGGAACAUCUCACCCUCUCCAGAUCAAGAUUUAUCUUACAUUAAAAACAGCUGACCGGAUAUAUUUAGCAAGUUUCCAAGUCCUAAUAAUAACACUGAUACUGACUUUUUUUCCAUAUGUAAAAAGUAAAUUACUACUUGGGCGUGAAUUUUGCACAUCUAAAACUCUAAUAUCUAGUAAUAGUCAUAGUAAUAUAUAUGCAUGGUGUGUCUUGUUGCAGGUUUCUCCAAGGGCUGUAAUGGUUCAUGCUAAAGCGACCUUCAUCCGACAAUGAAGACACAGGAUCAGCAAGAUUACACUGAAUGAAGAACAUAUCUGAUGAAAAUAACUAAAAGACAUGAUUCACACUGUAUACCUGUUAGCUAGCUCAUGAUAGAAUCCAUAAUCUACACGGAUCCUUUUAUCUGAAGACAGAAAUCAUUAGAAGUGAUAAACCACACACAUGCUAUUUCUUUACCAUGUUAUUCAUUUUCUUCAAGGUUCAAAAUAAACAUAAUUUUUAUACAGAA